AAACGCCGGUUGGCCGUAACGGCCGCGGAAAAAACGUGGCCGUAUACGGGCCGCCACGCAAAUAUGUGUCCGGGUGCUCCAGUUUUCCGAUAGCGUGUUAAUAUUUCCCAUGAAAAUGCAACUGCUAAGGCGAAGGCGAAGGCGUAGUCGGAAGGCGUGGAAGCUGCAGCACGGACACGACGCGAACUUUAGCGAUUUGGUGGCAUUAUUUUUGGAUUAAGCAGCGCCAAAUUACAACAGACGAACGAACAACGAACCACGAUUAACGAUUUAAAUUAAGCUACUUACUAGCGGGCAUAUACAGAUUUAUUGAAGCUAGGGUAAAUUGUUUAGAAUUGCCGCAACAACAACAACAUCAACAACAACAACAACAGCAACAACAACAAAAGCGACAACAACUGUUAAGCCUUUAAGCGGCCUAGUCUCUUAAAACUUGCGCUCCAAAAACACUAGGCUUAACUGAAAUUUUAAAAUAUUUUUUUAUCAACGAUAAUUUGAAAGUUUUCGAAGACAAGCCGGACAACAAAUAGCAGAAAGAAGUAGCAGCAGCAACAGCAACAGCAGCAGCGAACAGAAUCGAGCAAAGGCAAGUGAAUAAACAAGCUGAAAAAGAAGCAGCAGAAGCUCAAGUGAAGACAAGCCAAACAACACGAGCAACAACAACAGCAGCAGCAGCAGCAACAGCAACAACUUGAACAAGAGCAACAACUACUGCAAAAUGGCUGCCGUACAACGGAAACUUGUGCACAAGCAAUUCAAUUCACCAAUGGGCCUUUACUCCCAGGAGAACGUUAAGGCCACGCUGAAUCGCGAGCUGAAGGCCUUCGGGGCCGACGGGAUUGAAAUCGACGAUCAAAUCACAAAACCCCUGAACUUGGCCAACUCGGCCGUUCUGCGCGCUGUCGAGGAGGAGGAGCAACAAAUCAAAUGCGGUUACAAACGUGUCGCCUGGCCACCAGCCUCUGAGGAGCGCAUCGUGCGUGAGUUUACACCACAGCCGCCGACACAGAGCCCGGCGCCGGGCAGCGGCGGAUACUAUCCACAGUCUGCCGGUCAGCCAGUGCCCAGUGCUGCUCCAGCUCAGGGACCCAUUUAUAACAACGUUCAGCCACGAACCCAGCCUGAACAGCACCAACAACCACAACAACCACAACAGCCACAACAAUACCAACAAUCCGCCCAAAAUGUAUAUGGCCCAACCACUAACUAUGCGUCAAACGGUUACGCACCAGCAACAGUUGCUGCAGCACCUGUAGCCCAAGCCCCAGCUAAUAACUAUAACUAUCCACAACAACCCGUCCAAUACACACAGGCUCAGUUCGAUAGACAACCCUCGAGGGAGCCUGUGCAGGCGCCUGCCGCCUCCUACCCACAGCAACAACAGCAGCAACAGCAACAGUUGCCGCCGCAGCAGCAACAGCAAUACCAGCCGACUUACCAACAGCAACAGCAGCCGCCCAUUCACGCCGUAGACAAUGCGGGUGCCGGUUGGAAGCAUAUAGGCGCUCCGGCGCCCAAGACACACAGCGACUUCAAUGCUGGCGGUGUUGCACCCACAACUGCCUAUGCGCCCUAUCAGCAACAGCAGCACCAACUGCAGCAGCAACAAUAUCAACAACAACAUUAUCUACAGCAGCAGCAACCACAGCAACAAUAUGGUGCGCCGGCCUACGACAACUAUCAGCAGCAAUACCCCCAACAACAACAGCAGCAGCAGCAGCCGACAGCUCCGCCGCACUGGCAACAGCAGCAACAGCAGCCGCAGCAGCAGCAGCCGCUGCCACAGGCACAGCAGCAAUAUCAGGCUCCAUACCAGACGUCGGCUUACCAACAGCCACAACAACAACAACAACCACAAAAUUAUCCACAGCAAAAUGGUGGCACUAACUAUGCUCAACCACAAUACAAUUCUUAUUCGCAGCCUCAGCAGCAGCAACAGCCCCUGCAACAACAGCAGCAACAGCCACUGCAGCAGCAACAACAGCUGCCCUACUCGCAGGAUCAGACUGAUCUGCAGCACGGCUAUCGUGGCGCCAGUCCUGGCAUCAUAACGCUGCGCAAGGAGGCGCCCGUCUCACAGAAGCCAGCGCCAGUUUACACUUCGCAGCCAGCCGCCGUCAGCUAUCAGGGAGGCAGCAAAUUGCGCGGAGAUUUGAAAUGGCCACCACCGGAGUACAAGGAGGCUGCUGCACGCGAAAACGAGGAACGUCGCCUGUUGGCGUUGGGCCCCGUUUGCCGUCCCCGAAGAGUCAAUCGUGACUACACUUCCUUCUUUGCCAAGCACCAACUGAACAACGGCUAUCCCAGCUACAAGGUGCCACCAGGCACCCAGCACAUGUUUGGAAUUUAAGCAACAGCUCAAAUUGUGGCUAGAUAAAGAAGGAGCAUCAACAGCUCAAAAAGCAAUGGAAAAUUUGAUCAAUGGAACCCACUUCAUAUAAUAAUAAUAAUAAAAAACGACUAUGUAUAUGUUACUAAAACGACGACUAACGAAUCAAACUAUAUACUAUAAAAACUAUAUAUGUAUAUUGUUAUACUAAUUUUAAACGUUACUAACAAAGCAACUUUAUAUACGUAUCUAUCUAUCAUUAUUUAUAUAAUUAUGCCAAACGAAACGAUUAUCAGGGUACGAAGUACGCCUUCUAUACUUCUAUAAACACUUCAGAGCUCAUAUUUCGUAUGAUAUAUGGGGCGCUGUAUGUGAAAGAGAAUAGGAUUUUAUUUUUGUAUGCUGCAUAGCAUAUUGGAGCAUAUGCAUAACAUAGAUACAAAUACUUAUGAAGUAUGCCUUUAUGUUUGCCAAUUAUGUUUAAGUUGACAAUUAAUAUGAUACUACUAGCAACAACGAGACCUAGCAAAUGAAAUGGAUAUGAUAUGGAAUAUGAAACCUUGUUAUGCAAAUACUUUUAAAAAACCCAAAAACAAAACAAAAAAAAAAACGAACUAACAUAUCUAGCAAUCUAUUAUAUAUAUAUACUUAUCGCAAUGUUUUACUUUAUAGACCGCGCGGGCAGCCACGCCUAGAAACACGCCCAUUGCGCCCAUGCUUAAGACAAUAUAUUUGGGUUAGUUUACUGUAAAUUGAAUCGAUAGAGCCCACAUAUAUGUUCUAGAGUCUGGGCCUGCUCAGGGUUGGAUUUUUAGGCGCUGCCUCGCAGUGCGUCGCAAUUGUUAAAAUAGUUUGAGUUUGCAUGAUUUUUUGUCUAUAUUUUGUUCUAUAUCUACACAGAUAUUUAUGUUUAUUUACGAUUAUAUUGUUAACGAGCAUAUUAUAAAAAAAUGUCAAUGGUCCGUUGAGUAAGUUAUGUGCCAAGCAUGAUAUGAUAUGGCAAUUCAGUGAGUUUAUCAAAUGUCAAAAUCACAAUCAAAUCAAAUAUGUAAUUGUCUCUGGGCGACACGUACAGGGCCGCAUAGCAGCUCGCUCCUUGCCGGCAGGCAAUAAUAUGAGGAUGCCUUUGCCUGCUGCACGAGCGGGGAGAUCUGAGCUUUGUGCGCGCCCUGAGGUGCCGCCUGGAUGAAACCCAACACUCUGACUUACCCAAAACAAACAAAAAAGAAAAAACCAAAAUAUGACCAACAAAUGUCAAAAGAAUGAAAUUGACGUUAUGUUUACAAUUUGUUGUAUAACAAUGAGAGCUAUGAACACUAAAAUCAAAUAAAUGGCUAGUUUUUGAAUACUCGCGACGAGAGAA